CUAUCUUCAUGACAUCUGACAUCUCUCUACUGACAUUACUAUCGACCUUAACCUAAGUGUAAUUCAUUUUAUAUCAGUAGCUCUAGGUAGUAAAUUAUUUAGUUAUGUCCUCAAGGAAAAACGUGUUAACGAUAAGUAAUAAAGCCUUUCAUUGUUUUUGUCGGCGAAGCACGAGUCCAAAGGUAGUGUUCAGUGAACAACCGUCAGAUGUGUCGCUGUCUGCAAAUGCUUCCCCCGUUAGACGUUGCGAGAACAAGGAGCUGUUGCCAGUGUGCAGGACAUUCUUUACGUUUCCGGGGUCACAAGCAAGCCGCCAGAGAAAUUUUACAGGUCGAAAGCUAGUCGGAUUCACCAUGGAUGAAAUGUACAGUGUGGUCUCGGAUGUGGAGAACUACAAGAACUUUGUGCCGUUCUGCAAACGCUCAGAUGUAUCAACGCGGACGCGUGACUACUUGCGGGGCGAACUCGAGAUAGGUUUUCCUCCUAUAGUAGAAAGCUACGUCUCCCACGUCAUUCUCCAACAACCGCGGCUCGUCAUGGCCGAAUGUAAAGAUGGGAAACUCUUCGACCAUUUGAACACCACUUGGAAGUUCAGUCCAGGACUGAAGAACAAGAAGAGGUCGUGUGUCAUCGAUUUCCACGUGGACUUCCAGUUUAAAUCCCUACUGCACUCCCAACUCGCACAUAUGUUCUUCAAUGAAGUCGUCAGGCAGAUGGAAUCGGCAUUUUUCGAAGAGGCGAAGCGUAGAUACGGUGAAGCCUCGCUAGAAACAAUAAAGUUAAAAGUUGUUACAUGACCUCAAACUACUUAGGAUUAUAUUAAAUUACUCGUUGUAUAUUACCAUAUUUUAAUUUAUUUUAGGUAAAUUAUAUUUUUUUAGGUAUCUCAUUUUAUUUUUGUACUACCAAUUUACUGAAAUUAUUUUACGUACAACUUUACUUUGCAAUUUAAAAACACACUAAAAUUAAUUUUUAAUUACUUUCCAUUUGAAUUUUGUUGUCCGAGUAGAAUAUGUUUAGGGCUUUACAAAUUUAUUGGAUUGCCUCAAAUUUUAGCGUUUCUGUCUCUUAUAAAGAUCUGUGAUAUUGAGAUAAUUAUUACAAGUUAUUUAUCAUUAAGUUAUAUACUCUUAGUACAGUAUAACCAAAGAUCUUCGAUAUUCUUUCUAUCAAUAGAUUAUUUAAUGGUUGUUAAUGAGAAAAGAACAAAUCUUCAGUGUUACGUUCUUUGUACCUUACAAGUUAUAAAUGAAAUUUUUUUGACAAACUUUUUGAAUUUUUUUAUGCAUCAUGUUGUAUUGUUGUUUGAAAUAGUUGUGUUAAAGAAAACAAUUAAUCUUGAACGUUAAUUUAAUUCAUAAUAACGACAGUAAUGUUGAAUCCGAGUGUUUUAAAAGUGAAAGAAGUCUAGAUUUAGACAUCUUACAAGUCAUACAGUUGUGUGCACUUUUCAUAAACAAAUCAAAAUUUUUUAUAUUAGAGUUAUUAUUGGUUAUUACCGGUUAUUUACCUAAACUACUUGAGGUAAAAUAAUGUUAAAUUAAGUGUCCAGUAUGGUAAUUCAAGAACUAAAAAUUAUUAAUUUUUAAGAACAAAAUUGUUCUCAUGCCCAUUCCUUUUUUUGUGUGUGUUAGAGAAUCUAUAAAAAAUUCUUGUCACAUAUUAAUAAAACUUAUGGUAAAUAAAGAUAUUUUUAUUCUA